ACGAAAUAGAAGAAAAUCCUUCAUGUGAUGCUGGUAGGAGAAGACGUGUGCUAGUCGUCCUUUACGCGUUCUACAAGAACAACCUUGUGGUCUUUUACAAGUGCUUAGUACUCUAAGAUAGCCACAGAAUCAUAAGUGGUUCAUCACAUUCUAUUCAUCUUUUUAUACUUACCCAAUACCUAUACCAUCCAGGUGAAAAAUAACUAAGCUCGUAAGACGGAAUCAUGUCAAAGUCAAUGAUUGAUGAAUGAGCUUUGUGUGGUGUAAUACUGAUGUCAACAUCAAAAAAUAAACUAGUUUUUCCAGAAUCAUCAAUCAUAAACAAGUACUUCUAAAACAAGAAUAAAGGAGCAGCUACAAGUACGAAACGAUGUUGUUCUACAAGUAUUUCCUCAAGCUGGCGGAGCAACAGGCUGAGGUGACCGUGGAGCUGAAGAACGAUCUGCAGGUGAAAGGAAAGAUAGUCGCGGUGGACCAAUUUCUGAACAUACGGCUAAACAAUGUGAGCUGCAGUGAUCCGGAGAAGUUUCCCUACUUGCUAUCGUUGAAAAACUGCUUCAUUAGGGGUUCUGUACUUCGCUACGUCCACCUGAACCCAUCAGAUGUGGACACUGCGGAACUAGCGGAGGAAACAAAAAAGCAGGCACUCGAAAAACGCAUGGAGAUGGAACAGGCAGCGAAAGGCGCUGCAUAAAAACCAGCGGUUGUUUUUUUUGUUGUAUCAGAAAAGUUCCUUUAGACGCAAACACAGUUGUAGUAGGAGAUCAUGAAAGCAAAUAAGAAUAACGUGCGCAAAAGAACAAACAACAACAAGCAUCCGCUGCACUUACCGCUAUUGAUCAUGGCACACCACUUGAGUGCCACUUCUUUGCCUGAUUUGGUCCAACCCCACAUUCGAAGAACCACGUCCUUUUAAACUCUUGUUACGACACCUCAUUUAUAUGCAGCAACCACGCACCGCUGCACCAUAAGUAGAUAUUUCAGGCGCCGCGCCGCCACCCGUGUUUGC